AUGCGCUUCUCCAUUAUCGCCGCUGCCGCUGCAUUGAGCUCUACAGCUCUGGCCCAAGGUCUUCUUGACCAGAUCCCGCAAUGUGCUCAAGCCUGCUUCGGUGGCAACUUAGGCAGCUGCGGUGCUACUGACAUUGCAUGCAUUUGCGAGAGCAAGAUUAUCGACGCUGUGUCUUGCUGUGUGUUCGCUACUUGCUCACAGUCGGAUAUCGCUGCGACCACUCAGUUCGGUGUCGAGAUUUGCAAACUUCAGAACAUCGACGUCAACACCCAACCCUCAUGCCCGUCUGGCAGCGCGACAGCAUCUGGCAGCGCAACACCGUCUGGUAGCGCGGCCCCGUCUGGCAGCGCGACCCCUUCUGCCGGCAACUCCUCUGUCACACAAGUGUCUGGCACCGCCUCCAUGACCCCUUCAGGAAGCGCCUCCGCCACUUCAGCAUCAGCGGCUGGCAACACUGGAGCAGCGCCCAUCCAGACUGCAGGCGCUGGAGUCGGUCUUGGACUUGCCAUGGUCGGACUGCUCGCUGCUUUGUAG